CUUUUUUUUUUUUUUUUUUUUAACAAGAAGACUAGAACGUGGAGAAGUUAACUCAUCACAGUUUUGCAGCCAGUGAGUGGUGUUAACGUUAAAAUCGCGAUGUGUCUGGCUCCAAAGUCAGGGUAAUCCCAUCUCUUAUAGUAGCUCAUGUAAACAGAGGGAUGAUAUGCUGAGAUUUGCAUGUUAGAAAGAUUACUGGCCACAGUUUGGGAAGGGAGCACCUCUGGGGUCAUCUUGCUAAAUGGUAGGGGCUUAGUGAACAGGUGUCUGGGAUGGAAGCAAGUAAACAAGUGUGAAUGACCAAAAAAUUUUAGUGUGUGGAAUUCUGUAAUAUUAUUUCCUGAGUUAUGGAGGGCUACGGAGGUGAAGAUAAAAUGUUUGGUUUGGGACAUGUAAAGUCUAAGGAUGGAUGGAAGUCCAAGUAAGACAGAUAUGUAAAUUGGGAGCCCAGGAGUAUAUAGUCUAGGCAGGAGAUACAGAUGCGAUGUAGGAAUGAACUGUGUUAAGUGGUAAUUAAACCCAUGAGAGUGAAUGUGUCUAGUGAUACCAUGUAAAAAUGGAAAAUAGAGGACUGAUGACAAAAUCUUGAAGAAGGUGAAGACUUGAGAAUGAGCAGAAUAAGAGAAACCCAUUAAGAAAACUGGAGAGCAGCUACAGAUCUGUGAGAACAAUCAUAAGCAUGUGCUGAUUUAAGUCAAGGAUCUCCAGUCCUUCGAUAAAGAUGGGGAGGAACUCAGUGAUAAAUACCAGAGAGAAAUUAAGCUAGGAAUUGAAAAGUGUCCUUUGUAUUUAGUAGCAAAACAGCCACUGGUGAUCUUGCUCAGAGCAGUUUCAGGAGCCAGAUUGCAAUAGUUUCAAAAGAGAGUGGGUGGAAACCACAAGUGUCAAAAACAGUUUCAAAAAGUUCUGCAAGAAACAGUGGCUGAAGCAGGAAUUUGGAGUUGGCCAAGGGUUUGUUUGCUUUAAAAUGGUAGACACUUGACCAUCUUUAAAUGAUGACAAACAUCUCAACAAUAAAAAAACAACCAGGGCCUCUGAGUGGCUUAGUUUGUUAAGCGUCUGACUCUUGAUCUCAGCUCAGAUCUUGAUCUCAGCGUCAUGAGUUCAAGCCCUUCAUUGAGCUCCACGCUGGGCAUGAAAACUACUUAAAAUUAAAAAUAAUAAUAAUAAAAAAAUAAAGACAACUCGAUUUAAAGAUGGGCAAAGGAGAUGAAUAGACAUUACUCCCAAAAAUAUAUACGAAUGGUCAAUAAGCACCUGAAAAGAUGCUCAAAACUAUUAAUCAUCGGGGAAAUGCAAAUCAAAACCAUAAUGAGACACCACUUCAUGCUCACUGGGAUGACUAUAAUCAACAAGACAGACAAUGUCAGGUAUUGGGAAGAUGUGGAGAAAUUCAAGUCUUCAUACAUUGCUGGUAGGAGUGUAAAUGAUGCAGCCAUAUUAGGAAACAGUCUGGUCGUUCUUCAAAAAGUUAAAUAUAGAGUUACCAUAUAACCCAGCAAUUCUACUCCUAAAUAUAUACCCCCCAAAAAUAAAAAGCUAUGUUCACACAAAAACUUGUACACAGAUGUUCAUUUUGUUAUUCAUAAUAGCCAAAAAGUGAAAACAACCCAAUGUCCAUCAUUUGUUUAUUAUUGAUAAUAAAAUUAUAUUCAAAACAAAAUGUAUGUAUUAGCUUAAGCUGCCAUAACAAACGAUUAUAGACUGGGUGGCUUAAACUACAGGCUUUUAAUUUCUCCCAGUUCUGAAGGCUGGCAAGUCCAAGGUCAGAGUGCCAGUAGAUUCAGUGUCUGGUGAGAGCUCUCUUCCUGGCUUGCAAACAGCCACCUUCUCACUGGAUCCUUACAUGGAGGAGAGAAGAAGCUCUGGUGUUCCUCUCUUUUCUUAUAAGAGCACUGAUCUCAUCAUGGGGCUCUACCCUCUUGACCUCAUCUAACCUAAUUACCUUCCAAAGGCCUCACCUCCAAAUUCCCAAUGUGAUAUCACAUUGUGGGUAUCCCAUUGGGUAUUAGGGCUUCAACAUAUGAGUUGGGGGGAGACACAGAUCCUCAGCCCAUACCACGAUAUAUCCAUACAAUAGAAUAUCAUUUAACCAUAAAAAAGAAGGAAGCACUGAUACAUGCUACAAUGUGGAUGAGCCUUGAAAACAUUAUAUUAAGUAAAAGAAGCCAGACACAAAAGGCCAUGUGGUAUAUGAUCCCAUUUAUAUGAAAUGUUCAGAAUAGGCAAAUCCACAGAGACAGAAAGCAGAUUCUUGGUUGCCUGCGGCUAGGGAAGAAUGGAGAUAGGGAGUGAUUGUUAAUAGGUUUCUUUAGAUUAAUAGGUUAAUAGGUUUUCUGUUAAUGAGGUUUCUUUUGGGGGUAAUGAAAAUGUUCUGGAAUAGUGACAGAUAUGCAACCUCAGGAAUACACUAAAAACCACUGAAUCAUGCUUCUUUUAAAAGGAUGAAUUUUUUUUAGUAUGUAGACUAUAAUCUCAAUAAAUAUUUAAAUUUUUUAUUUUUUAUUUAUUUUAUUUUAUUUUAUUUUAUUUUUUGAGAGAACACAUGCAGGCUAGGGAAGGGCAGAGAGAGGAGAGAGAAUCUCAAGCAGGCUCCAUGCUCAGCUCAGAGCCUGACACAGGGCUGGAUCCCACAACCCUGGGAUCAUGACCUGAGCUGAAAUCAAGAGUCAGACGCUUAACCAACUGAGCCACCCAGGUGCCCCUCAAUAAGUAAGUAUUUAAAAUAAUGAUAAGGGGGCUUCAUAGAGGGGAUGACUAAGCUGAGUGAUGAAGCUUUCAGGAGGUUGGUGAGGUGGAAGGCAUGAUGGGACUUCACUAGUUGUAGGUGUUCCCACUAGACAUGUGGGGAGGAAACCCUCUUCCGUUGGAGUUAGAGGAAAAGAGGUGAGGUUGAGGGACAGUAUCGAUGUUUUGUGAAGUAGAGGCCAGGAUAAGGUCAGAAUUUGGGGUGGGUAGAAAGGAAGGUGCCAGAAUUUGCAGUGAAGAAGGGAGAAUGAUCAGGAGGUGACAGCUACUAGGUGAGGUGAAGCCCAGAACAAGAAGGUGGGAUGAUCUGAGCUGUGAAGGAACAGAGAUUUGUGCACAUGACUGGAAGGGCAGGAUCUGGAAGACAAGUGAGGAGAGCCUAACCCCAUUUUCUACCCCAGGGCUAGUGUGGGAGGUGCUGGGGGCUUACAGCAGGGAGACAGAGGAAGUGCUCUGUGCCAGGUUAAGGGUGAGGAGUUGAUUCUCCAUGAAGUGGACUUCCAAAAGGCACUGAGGGAAGGCUUGAGGGCAAGGGAAGCAGAGUCACAGGCCAGUCGCCUAAGCCGGGCCUCGCCCUUGCUACCAUCCUAUCAAACAUAGUAAAAUGUACCCACAGCCCAAGAUAAUAAUAGAGACUUUUUUUUUUAACGUUUAUUCAUUUUUGAGACAGAGAGAGAGACAGAGCAUGAAUGGGGGAAGGUCAGAGAGAGAGGGAGACACAGAAUCUGAAACAGGCUCCAGGCUCUGAGCUGUCAGCACAGAGCCUGACGCAGGGCUCGAACUCACGGACCGCGAGAUCAUGACCUGAGCCGAAGUCGGACGCCCAACCGACUGAGCCACCCCGGCGCCCCAAUAAUAGAGACUUUUUAUUGUACAUUUUUGGAAAGGUUUUUAUAAUUUGCUUUAAAAACAACUUAGCCAUGAAUAACAUUUAAUUUACAUUUGUCCAUGAUUUUUCUGCAAUUUUUGUAUAUAGCCCAUAAUUCUUGUGUACUGAGAAAAUCAGACCUACAAAUUAUUUUCAUGUGCCAUCAAUAUUUUCUGAAUACCAAAUUUAGCAAUGAAGGGAGUUGACAAAGAUAGUACAUUUUGUAGCUAUUUAUUCAUUCACUUUGAUUUUAGAGCCAGAGAUUAACGGUUUAUUUUCACAGGCCUCAGAAAGUCUUAUAGGCCCUAAUUCCUGGGUCUCCAAAGCCUUUGUUUAAAAGCCCUGGCAUUGUUAGCUGAGUCUAUGGGAGAAUGAACAGAGCAUUAUAAAUCACAAGUUAGCUUCCUAUUCAUGACUUAGAGUAAUCACAUGUAGAGCUAUUUGCUUCUGAACCACACGGACUUCUUUGCUUCUGUGUUUUCUCCUUCCUCCAUUAAGCUGUCAGCAAUCACUGCUAUCAGUCUGUCUCCAGUAAACUUCCUCUUUCAUAAUUGGCAAGUUCUAAUUUGUUCUGGUUGGGAAAACAGACACAUGUUUGUUAGAAUUAUUUUUAAAGUAAAAGCAAACUAAGGGGGCGGGUCUGGGCCUCCUUGUGGAAUAAAGUUCACAGAUCUGGGUGCAUUGACUUUUGACUUUGUAACAGCUGUUUCAACUACUCAGGACUUAUUCUUCAGGGCUGAGGUUGCCAAAAGCCUAACACAAUUGAGGAGUUAGACUCUUAACACAGUGAGGGAAGUUACCACUGUAGAGGAAACAUUGGUAGAUAAAGAACAAUACUUGGGUCUUUCUUGAGCAUGUUUUAGCCAAGAGGAUAAAGCGUCUCAAUACCAUGUUUCAUCUUGGUGACGGAAACUGCUCAUGCCUUGGCGAAAAGUAUGGGUACUUGUAUGUUCCAUCCUUGUUCUGAAAGUAUGUAAAUGAUCUCAUCAUCAGCUCCAGUUCACCAGUCAGCUAAAAUUAUUUGGAUAAGCUACAGGAAAAUAAAUGUACAAAGCCACAUAUGUUUUCUUUUAAGUUUAUUCAUUUAUUUUGAGAGAGAGCGAGAGAGUGGGGAGGGGCAGAGAGAGAAGGAGAGAGAGAAUCCCAAGCAGGCUCCGCACUGUCAGUGCAGAGCCCAACACGGGGCUCGAACUCGCAGAUUGUGAGAUCAUUGACCUGAGCCAAAAUCCAGAGUCAGAUGCUUAACCAACUGAGUCACCCAGGUUCCCCAAAGCCAUGCAUGUUUUUAAACAGCUUUAUUGAAAUACAAAUCACAUACCAUAUAACUCACCCAUGUAAAGUGUUCAUUUCAGUGCUUUUUAGUAUAUUCAGACUUGUGCAACCAUCAGCACAAUCAAGUUUAGAAUAUUUUCAUCACCCAUUAGUAGUCACUCUAGCCCCCAGCUAUCUAGCUUCCCAGCUUUAGAUAACUGCUACUCUGCUUUUCUAUCUCUAUGUAUUUGCCUAUUCCUGACAUAUAUGUCUUAAACAGACUCUCCACCUGGUCUUGAGUUCUGAGUUUGGAAAUGCUGGUGUUGAAUGGUCCUACCUCCAAGGCAGAAUGCUUGGGGUAAAUCAGUUUCCUAUCACCUUCAGAAGUGUAGCAAUACUGACAACACAGAGGUUAGGCUUCUCUAAUGUUUAUCAAGCAUUCUGAAAAUUUCAAAUACUUAGCACAAAGGGGACAAUGGAUGAGAAUAGCUAGCGACAUCUCAGAGUGUCCUUCUGUGCAAGGCUUCUCAGUCCUGCAUUCUUUUCUUAUUUAACGUGGCCUCUAACGCCAGAGAAAUUCAUAACUGAGAAAAGCUCAUGUUCUCUUGAUUGAAUUAAUAAAUGCACAAUCAAAACCCACAUGAUUCUAAACCUUUUUUGAACUCUACCUUUUAAAAGUCUCUACCCCUCCCCAUUAGCUUUUAAUCAGAAUUCCAGUUCUGUACAAGUAACAAUUUCCCUUCUGUGUUUCCUCUCCCCUUCCUUCCUGUAACUAAUUGCUGUUAGUAUAAUAAUGAGCAGUGUAUAAGCCAAAAUUCUGGAAGUAAAGGGGAGAAAAAAAGGACUUUCUCACAGGGAAAGUCCUCAGACUCUACACUCAAAAAUGGGGUUGAAUGCUGGCUCUGUUACUUGCUAACUGUAUGACCUUGAGUAAUUCAUUUCUGUGCCUCAGUUUCCUCUUCUUAAAAAUGGGAAUAAUAAAAACACCAAUGUCGUGGAGUUGUUCUGCUAAUUAAAUACCUCAGAGCAGUGAAAGUGGUUAGCACACCGGCUAGAAGAGCAAGAUCUCAGCCUUGGUUGGUGUUGCUAUUCUUCAUAUCAUGACCAGCAAGCCCGAGGGAGGCUCACUGGCCUUUUUGUAGAGAUCAGAAAAAUCAAGAAGGAGGUUAAAUAGCAAAGCAUUUCCACAUGCAUCAUCUCCUUCAAAGGCUAGAGGUCUUGCCCCUGUUUCACUCCACAGCAUUUAUGAUUAUGUGCAUAUCGUACCCAGAGGAGGUUUGGAAGCUAUCCAGGCAAUGUGAUGUGUGUAGACCCUAAAGAGAAGGAAGUUCAGGGGACUUUCCGUCUUGGCAGAAGAGGAGCUUGGAAUGAGGGUAGGAAGGAGGUCAUUGGGGUCAAUGCUGCCUUAUUCCUUGCUGUCUACAGAAUUCCAGGGAGGCAGAACAGUGUGAUGGCUAACAGGGCAGCCCCAGCACCAGGCUGCCUAGGCCCGAAGCCUGCCUGUCAUCUCUCCCUUAGCUGUGCAGCGGGCUGGUACCGGCACCCACUUCACUGAGCCACCGUGAGGAUUCAGCGAGAGAGCAUGUGCGGAGGACAUACGGAGCGGGCAUUGUUUCGUGAUUUAUGAUACAAGGCAGGCCUGCCUGGCCAUUGCUUCAGCCAGUUACUGACAAGCUGUAACAGUGGAGCCAGCCUGGAACAAGAGCCGCAAACACCAGGUGUGAACGUCACCAUGGCAGUUCGGCGUGAAAAUACCCGGGGCCAUCACAUUUAGGCUGUCGGGGGGAAAAGCAAAUUGUUCAUCUGGAAUUUGAGAAGGAAACUCCACUUGCCAACGCCGCAUUCUGGGCAGCAAGGAGAGGAAACCUGGCUCUGCUCAGGCUGUUGUUGAACAGCGGUCGGGUGGAUGUGGACUGCAGGGACAGUGUACGGAUGGAUUCAUUUGCAUGGCACCACGCUCCUCAUGGUGGCCUCCUAUGCAGGCCACAUAGACUGUGUGAGGGAACUGGUUCUGCAAGGAGCAGACAUCAAUCUCCAGAGAGAGUCAGGUACAACUGCCCUGUUCUUUGCUGCCCAGCAAGGACAUAAUGAUGUCGUGAGAUUUCUCUUUGAAUUUGGAGCAUCUACUGAAUGUAGGACCAAAGAUGGGGGCACUGCCCUGUUGGCCGCCAGUCAGUAUGGGCACAUGCAGGUGGUUGAGACCCUGCUGAAGCACGGAGCCAAUAUCCAUGACCAACUUUAUGAUGGAGCCACUGCACUCUUCCUAGCUGCCCAGGGUGGUUACUUGGAUGUUAUUCGAUUACUGUUGUCUUCAGGAGCAAAAGUCAACCAGCCAAGGCAGGACGGGACCGCGCCGCUGUGGAUCGCAUCACAGAUGGGCCAUAGCGAGGUGGUGAGGGUGAUGCUGCUGCGCGGAGCCGACCGGGACGCCGCCCGCAACGAUGGUACCACAGCAUUGCUAAAAGCAGCCAACAAAGGGUAUAACGAUGUUAUAAAGGAGUUGCUAAAAUUCUCACCCACCCUUGGCAUUCUGAAGAAUGGGACAUCGGCCCUCCACGCGGCGGUGCUCAGUGGGAAUAUUAAAACGGUUGCACUGCUCCUGGAAGCCGGAGCAGACCCAGCCCUGAGAAACAAGGCCAAUGAACUUCCGGCAGAACUAACCAAAAAUGAACGUAUCCUGCGUCUCCUCCGAAGUAAAGAAGGACACAGGAAGAGCUAACUUAGUUCCAUAUUUGACUGAAAGAUAGAAACCGUAAUCACAUUGUCCGAAAAGAAGUCACUUCUCAAAUAGUGUUGGAAAUUCCAUUAAGAAAGGAAAUGCUCAGAAUGCCCUCCCUGGGUCCCUGACCAAGGAGAGCUGGGCUCUGUGCCCUGAGUCAAGAACAGAAAGGCUCAGGGACCCCUUGCCCUCACUUAUGUGGGCUUCUCACACUGGCCUGCGCCCCCACUGCUGUGGGGCCUGGCAGAUUCGUGGAUUCCACAGAAACUCGUUUUACACUACACUAAGUUGGGUCUCUCAGUUAAACUCUAAGACUUAAACCCUUGACAAGGUUUAAGCAAGAUGACAAAAGCCUUUAAAAUACUGAAAGUCUGAUCUUCAGUGAAUCAAAGCACUUUUACUUUUGCAUUAAAUGUCAGUGUGCAAAAAGAUACAGCUCCCUCAUGUUUUACACAUACAUGUAUGUCAUGCCAGCGUAAAAUGUUUUCUUCUCCCCAAAGGUUGUAGCCACGUUUAUUCUGAAUCAAUGAAGUGUAAAUUCACAUUAAAAAGCCACUUCUGACAUUCCACCGUGUGAUUUUCAAAGGUGAACUGUUGAACUAUAAAAAAGACAAAUUGUUGAUUUGUGAGUUGAUCCUCGUCUUAUUCCAAACACGUAAAAAAUCAUUUUUACCAAGAAUCAAUAUUGAGGUAUGGUGGGAAGCAAGUGGCAAUUUGGGGAACGCAGAAAAUUACAAGCCAUGGGAAAUUGAGGCUUGUCUCUUUGAGCUUUUAUUUUGGUUCUCUCGUUGGGAAUCCGCUUCCCAUGCCAUAACUAAGUAGACUUCCUAUGCUGUGCAAUCCUGAGCUCCCAGCACCACAUUGCUUGACACAAUGACUUUGAGGUCCUUGGAUGAAAUGUAAUAUAUGCAAGUACAAUACGUUUCUAUUAUAUUGCAGGAGUAUAAGUAAUAAAAGACUGUUAUUAGUAUUUAAUAGGUGUUCAUCUAUGCAUGUUCUUGAGCUGAUUGAUUCCAAGAAAGAGUCCUGAGUUUUAUUGAAUUAUUCCUUGGAGGGGAAUCAAAAUUUAUGUACAGUGCACUUUAUAAUCAAUGGUGUCUAAAUGCCUCAGUCAGUGCCUAAUUGCACACGCUAAAAUUAAACCGUCUUUCCAUAAUAAACCGUCUUUACCAUAAUAAACACUGAUGGCAUUUCUGGUAUUUAAAUACAUCUUUAGUUUUCAUUUUCUGCUCUGGUUUCCAGGCAAUGUUCUGGAUGUUAAAGACAUGUUAACGUGGAAGAAAAUGUAAUCCCCACUGUUUUUUUUAACUUGCAGGGGUCCUGAAAGCAUUAUCCUUAAGCCAGUCAAUGAUCAAAUAUAAUUUUUGAAAUUAGAAGAUACUCUCUUAAGGUUUGUUAUGAUUGAUAAAAUAAUCAAUCAACAGAAAUCAGCUUAUUUUAACCAAUGUCACAAACAAAGGCUGUAAUGAGUCACCCACAGAGUCCCCAGGGAUGCUUAUAGCCUGACUAGCUAUGCAACAACUCAACAAUCUAAUUUCGGGAUAAAAAUUUAGAAAGAUCUGUCUGUAUUGCUAAAACACCCAGAUAUAAACCCUUUAGUAACUAUAAAGCAGUGCCAAUUUCCUCACUGACUUUCUUUUAUUUAGCAAAGUACUAAGUACAAAUGCACACUUUCCCCCAUGGGAAUUUCAGAAAGCUAUGUUCAUUUUGAAGAGGAAAAUAGUGUGGCCUUAAAUGCUUUGUAUUUUUCCCCUUUUGUUAGCCCUUGGGCCAAAACUGAUUGCUGAUCACUGACAUAAAUCAAAACAGUAUUGUGGGUACUGAUAACAAAGUUCCAAAAGACAAAAUGGGAUGAAAUCAUGAACUUCAUGUUUUCACUAAGAUAUGUUGUCCUUGGCCUAUGUGUUACAUUGUUUUAAGUGGAUAAUGUUCUUGAUCAACAUUAGAGCUAUAAGAAUGAAUCCAGUAGCUUUAACAAUAUUUAAUGGAUUAAAUAUUUAACAAUAUUUAAUCUCUUGCUAUAGGUAAGAGAUCUCUAGCCAAGAAGGAUCAGGUUUGGUCUGGAUGAGAUUAUGACAUUAUCCAUAACAGGGAAGAUGAUUGUAUUAACCAUGCACCAAAAACUAAAGUCUGUUAUUUGAAGUAAAAUUGCAUUUAUUUUGCACACAGGUAGAUUUUUUUUUUUUUUGAUGAUGAUGAUGAUGAUUCUUCUUUUAUGUUCAUCUAAUUCACAAUUCAAUGAGCUCUGCAUCCUAAGACAGAACUAGCAAUUCCUAUGCAAAUCAUUUGUUAAGUGAGCCACAAAAGUGUUCAUUACCUCCAUUUGUUUGGUGACAUAUUCCAUGUUAUAAUUCAAAAUAAACUUAAUGUACUAUCCA